CGGAUGAGAGCAACCCCAAAACAAUUGGAAUUAUUGGAAAAAACCUUUAGUAUCAAUCCAUCACCGAAUAACCGGAUGCGUGAACAAAUGUCAAAAGAACUCGCCAUGUCAGAAAGGUCCAUUCAGAUUUGGUUCCAAAAUAGAAGAGCAAAGGUCAAAAACCAAGCCAAACGAUCG